AUGAGUGAAGUCGCGCAAACCGAAUCCUCAAUUGCUGGCGGCGCCGGUAAUUCGACCACGUCGAACACCGCAGUUGACACCACGAAAAGCGGCGGGACCGUGAAAACACGAAGUGUCGACUAUGUUUUGCGAAGUGGCCUUGCUGGAGGGUUAGCAGGCUGUGCGGCCAAAACUGUCGUGGCUCCCCUGGAUCGGGUCAAAAUUCUGUUCCAGGCCUCAAAUCCUCAAUUUGCCAAAUACACCGGUAGCUGGGCUGGUCUUUCAGCUGCCAUUCGCGACAUUAAACGCUAUGAAGGGGCCCGAGGUCUUUUUAAAGGCCACUCUGCGACCCUCCUCCGCAUCUUUCCCUACGCUGGUAUCAAAUUCCUUGCAUAUGAACAAGUCCGCGCGAUCGUCAUCCCCUCGCCCGAGAAAGAAACUGCCAUACGCCGCCUUUUGUCCGGCAGCCUGGCCGGCAUCACUUCCGUUUUCUUCACAUACCCAUUAGAGCUCGUCCGAGUUCGACUAGCUUUUGAAACGAAAAAAUCAUCGCGCUCAUCAUUAACGGACAUCUGUCGCCAAAUAUACAAUGAACGUGCUGCACUUCCUUCGACAGGUGCGGCAGUGAGCGCGGGAGGCCAGACCACGUCGGCCACCAUCGCCACCGCAGAGACCGUUGCCGCGACGGUCAACCAGGUUGUACCACGUAGCGGACUAGCGAAUUUCUACCGUGGAUUUGGCCCCACAAUCCUGGGAAUGUUGCCUUACGCCGGUGUGUCCUUCUUGACUCACGACACGGUAGGCGACUGGUUACGGACCCCUGCUAUUGCCCAGUACACGACGAUACCGGCGUCUGAGUCGAAGCCAAAGAAGGGCUCACGCCAACCUCAGCUUACCGCCACAGCCGAACUAUUUUCUGGUGCGGUGGCUGGCGUCGUCUCACAGACCUCAUCCUAUCCACUUGAGGUGAUCAGGCGGCGUAUGCAGGUCGGUGGUGCUGUGGGUGGGGGUCAGAGACUCGGUAUCCUUGACACGGGCCGCAAAAUUUGGCUUGAGCGAGGGUUCCGCGGGUUCUGGGUAGGCUUGACCAUCGGGUACAUCAAGGUCGUGCCCAUGGCAGCAACGGCCUUCUUCGUUUACGAAAGAUUAAAGUGGUCUCUGGGCAUUUGA